AUACCAACUAUAGUUUUUCCCGAGACGACCGUCAGUGGUUCACCAAUACCAUGGCUGACUAGAGCUCAGAUGGAGUUGCUUAGUUUGGAAGCCAUGUCCAGCCUGUCAUACCUAGCCACGGUGUUUGGAUACAUUGCUGCAGCCAGCUCUGGCAGCCUUGUUCAGGAAAGUCCACCAGGCUGCUUCUUCUUCCUGGAUUCCUUGUUGCCUUGCUUGUUGAAUCAUGGGACAAGAUGUGUUGACACCAUGAGCAAAGCCCUUUUCGGGAAAACAGUUCAUUUAUGGACAUCCAAACUUUUGAACACAGUACAGGCUACCCCUUGCUCUGCCCUGUUGACCUCUAAGUGUCUGGGACAGUCCUCCGUUCUGUACAAGCUUCUCGAAUACGUGUGGACACAUUCUGAUGACCAGCUGGAUGUUGUUCGGCAAAGUUCCAAGUCUGGGUUUGAGAACAUUCUAAAGAUCCAUUCACUUUUAACUUCAAGUGUUGCCGGUAGCGACUGUCUGGGUGAGUUCAUGGAGUUUAUCCUAACACACCUGUUCUCCAUGGGCUGGACCUCCAGGGGGAAGUUCACAGCCCUCGCUUGUGUGGUUCGUCUCAUCGGAGCUCAGGUGAUGAUUGAGCGGAGACCCGAGCUGCCUGCAGAGAUUCUCCUGGUGUUCCAGGAACAAGCUUUAUCCUGCUAUGCAAGCGAGCUGUACACAGCAUUGUUUACAUCCCAUCGGCAAGAGCUGUCCAUGUGUUCAGCACAACAGAAAGAGGACAGCAACAGGGAUGUUCUCCACUCUACCUGGUUGGAGCCUGUUGUAGUCGCUCUGUGCUCCUCAGAAAAGAAGCUUAAGCAGAACCUCAUUGAGUACCUGCUGGGCAAGCUGAUGAAGGCUGAUGACCAGCUGUUGAGUUUUAUGAUACAGCGACUCUCUGCAACAAGUUCAGGUGAAGUGGAACCGUUCCAUGGUGCUGUUGUCAUGUGUCUGCGUCGAGCUCAGUUGUUGGGACUGCUGAGACCUGCUCCCUGCGUGACUGGUGACAACUUGUGGUACGGACAUUUGCGGCCAGAUAUGUUGAGAGCUGCCUUGUCUAGCGCUGAUGAGCAGAUUCGACUGGAUGCCUUUGCUUUACUUUGUGACAACUACAAGACGACGGAGACUGUUACAGACUUUGAAUUCUCCAUGUUGAAGUUUUUCAUAUUUUGCAACUUGAACAAUCAGAUGCCAUCUUUCCGACAGAGCUUUCUGUCACUCCUAAAUAAGUUGUUUUUCAGACUCAAAGAAUCUCUGGCUGCUCUGAAAAGACGAACCAAAAAGGGCAAACAGGAAGACUUGUUAGCCAAAUCUGUGUUGCUUUAUGAGAACUUUCUCACCUGGUUGACCAACCACAUGUUGGAGAACCUGUAUCCUGGGUCAGCGUUUGCCAGAAGGACAACAAGCCUGGCUGUUAUAUCACUGAUGUCUACUUAUUUUGUGACAGGAGAGGAUGGCUUCAGUCUGCCAGCAUGGCUGACACCACGACACAUCCAGACUCUGCUGGAGUGCCUGGCAGACACGUUCGAGGAGAACAAGAGAGAAGCUCUCAAAGUCUUAGCUGUGUACCUGAGCCACCAGGGCUGUAUCUGGGUAAAACAUGAUCAUUUCAGUCUGUUGUCGGUACUGAAACACCAUGAAUGUCAUCCUGUUCACUUCCAGUUGUCAGAUAUCAUUCCUUGUGAAGUGCUCCUGCCAGUCCGGACAUUGAUACAGUCAGAGAAAAUGACAGCCCCGUUGAUGCUGCAGAACAUUCUCCUGUCACUCCUGGACAGCCAGAUAUCUGUGGCUAACCAGAGCUUGAUAACAGCAGCAGCAAACAGGCCCAUGUAUCCGACCUUACACUGCAUUAGGUACAUCAUGCAGGAGAUGAACUUCAAAAAGCUGCCGCCGGAAAUGGUCCCAGCAGCAAGGGAGUUUAUCCAGCACCUGAUCACUAGCUGUCUAAAUCUGUCCAGAGUAGUCUCUCCUGUUGUGCAGAACUCUUCACCAGAGGGCAAUAUUCCGGAAGCUUUACUUGGCCCUGGACUAAACAUUGGUAACAUCCUGGAGCUCCGCCUGCCGGGUUCAGAUGAAAGUAAAUCCUUGUACCAGUCUGACGUGGCCAGUACCAGUCGAGCUCUGGUGGAGUCCAUGCCAGAGUACCUUGUCGUCUGCUGCUGGAGGAGCAUCAAGGAAGUGUCCUUGACCCUGGGAAACAUGUGCUUGCAAAUUCCUCCUGCCCAGAUGGCAGAAGUUGGUACACAGAGUAGCCUACUGUCCCUGCAGCAGGUCAAGGUUAUUGGAGAAUACUUCACCACUCAGCUCCUGGAAUCUAUUCACAGAGGUGCCUUUGAGCUGGCUUAUGCUGGCUUUCA